ACUGCAACAGCCGCCUCUCGGAUUCAAGCGAUUCUCCUGCCUCAGCCUCCCAAGUAGCUGGGACUACAGGCGCCCACCACCACACCCGGCUAAUUUUUGUAUUUUUGGUAGAGAUGGGGUUUCACUAUGUUGGUCAGGCUGGUCUCAAACUCCUGACCUCAGGUGGUCCUCCCGCCUCGGCCUCCCAAAGUGCUGGGAUUACAGGCGUGAGCCACUGCGCCCGGCCUGUAUCAGUUAUAGUUUUUGCAAAGGCAGUUUCAGGAAUAAGAAGCAGAACCAGGACUGCAGCCCAAGCCACCACAAGAGGCCAGUCUUUGGGGAUGGUCUUUCAGGAUGAUCUUUGGGGGUGGCCCAAAGAGCCCCAGGCAGCUCCAGAGGCAGGAGUCACUCAGGAUUUAUUGAGAGCCCACCCCGUGGCUCUCACCCACAGUGAACAGAACACCCAGAGAUAACCUGCCCAGACACACAAGUUCUUCCCAUCACAUGUAGGGGUGAUAACUGUGAUGGAGAAAGAGAGGAAGAGCCAGCGGUGCCUCCAGCUGGGGAGGCGGGGCAGACCUCACCGAGGUGGUGACAUUUGAGCCCCAGCUGGAGGGGUGCCAGGGCAAGAGUGUCCAGGAAGAGGGAAAAGCCAGUCUGCAGGCCUGGAGGCAGAAGGCUGACUGAAGAAGAGUCUGCAGCAGAGAAAGCAAGGGGGAGGAGGCCGAGGAAGGCUGUGUUUCUGACUCAUACGGGGGAGUCGGGGGAGUCGUAAACAACCCUGGAGAGAACAGCCAGGCCUGUUCCCGCAAGCCCAGACAAUGCCGGUGGAGGAAUUUGUGGCUGGCUGGAUCUCUGGUGAGACAUUUUUCUUCCUUCUGUCACAUCACACCCAAUGGGCCCUGCAGUUCUGCGUGGCCAGCUGGCAGCAGGGCCUGCUCUGGAUCCCGGCGACAACAUUAUGAGUUGAAGAAAGAAGAGUAAAGCUCUCGGAGAGACUUGCUUCCUGGGCCUGGCACGAGGGCCCUCACUCAUAGCACCUUCUUGUCACCACAGGAGCUCUGGGCUUGGUCCUGGGACACCCGUUUGACACUGUAAAGGUGCGGCUGCAGACCCAGACCACCUACCGGGGCAUCGUUGAUUGCAUGGUCAAGAUUUACCGCCAUGAGUCCCUCCUGGGCUUCUUCAAGGGCAUGAGCUUCCCCAUUGCCAGCAUAGCUGUGGUCAACUCUGUCCUGUUUGGGGUCUAUAGCAACACCCUACUGGUGCUCACGGCCACCUCCCACCAGGAGCGGCGGGCCCAACCGCCCAGCUACACGCACAUCUUCCUAGCAGGCUGCACCGGGGGGUUCCUGCAGGCCUACUGUCUGGCUCCUUUUGACCUCAUCAAAGUCCGGCUACAAAACCAGACAGAGCCAAGGGCCCAGCCAGGGAGCCCCCCACCCCGGUACCAGGGGCCUGUGCACUGUGCAGCCUCCAUCUUCCGGGAGGAGGGGCCCCGGGGGCUGUUCCGAGGAGCCUGGGCCCUGACGCUGAGGGACACCCCCACGAUGGGGAUCUACUUCAUCACCUAUGAAGGGCUCUGUCGCCAGUACACACCAGAAGGCCAGAAUCCCAACUCAGCCACAGUGCUGGUGGCAGGGGGCUUUGCAGGCAUUGCUUCCUGGGUGGCAGCCACGCCCUUAGACGUGAUCAAGUCCCGGAUGCAGAUGGAUGGACUGAGACGCAGAGCGUACCAGGGGAUGCUGGACUGCAUGGUGAGCAGCGUCCGGCAGGAAGGACUGGGGGUCUUCUUCCGGGGGGUCACCAUCAACAGUGCCCGCGCCUUUCCCGUCAAUGCUGUCACCUUCCUCAGCUACGAAUAUCUCCUCCGCUGGUGGGGAUGAGCCCUGUGGCAAUGCCAGCAGCUCCCCAUCAGGCCCAUGGCCCAGAGGCCAGUUUGAGAUUGGAGGCCAGGUUGAAAGCUUGCAAAUCAGUGCAAGGGGCUCAGCCCUUCUAACCAAGGUGCCUCCCACCCGCACAGAUCUGGGCUGGGCAGACACCUGUGGGAGCCGGAAGCCAGGGGCCUGUGCAGCCUCCCUGUGUAGCUGGCCUUGACUCCUUUGCCUCCCACAUCUGUGAAACAGGGAGCAUGAGGCACAAGUGAGCUGGCAAGUGGUGCUGGUGACAUCCCAGCCCCUGUCCUGUGCCUUCACCUCUUUUUUUUUUUUUUUUUUUUUUUGAGAUGGAGUCUUGCUCUGUCACCCAGGCUGGAGUGCAGUGGUGUGAUCUCAGCUCACUGCAACCUCCGCCUUUCCACCUUCCGGGUUCAAGCAACUCUCCUGCCUCAGCUUCCCAAGUAGCUGGGACUAUAGGCGCUCGCCACCACGCCUGGCUAAUUUUUUGUAUUUUUAGUAGAGACAGGGUUUCACCAUGUUAGCCAGAAUGGUCUCGAUCUCCUGACUUCGUGAUCUGCCCGCGUCGGCCUCCCAAAGUGCUGGGAUUACAGGCAUGAGCCACCGCACCCGGCCGCCUUCACCUCUUAAGGAGCUCUGAGACUCCACUUCUGAGAGUCCCUGCUGCCUCCCACCUCCCUGCCUUUCAAAGGUCUCUCUCCCCCGUGACCCAAGAUAACCCUAGGUCUCCUCCCCCAGAAUCCUUCAGUGGCUCUCAUCACCUUCAGGAAAAGCCCAAACUCCUUCCACCCUCCAGGUUCCUCCCUCCCCACGAGGCUUUGUUCUCCUGGGGUUGCUUCCUGGACCCUGAACAAGUUGUGCUCUCAUUGCCUGGGCCUGGCCAGCAGUGCACAGUGCCCGGCAGGGUGACUCCACCAUCCCCCGGGCUGGCCCCGCUCUCCUCUGAGACCCAGGCUGAGCCCGGUCUCCUCGCCCUUCCUUGACUUACCUCCCCACCUGAGGCUGACUUUGGGGUUCCCAGACACCCCACCCGCACACAUGCCUUGAUCAUAGCACUUGCCUGCGCUUCUUCAGAGUCGUUAAUUUGCUUCUCGGCUUCCCCACUGGACUGUGAGCUCCCUGAGGUCAGGGAUUGCGCUUUGGAUGGUUUCCAGCCUGAGCCUGGUGCUUGAACAGACGUGUGCAAUAAAUGCUCGUUAAAUGAUA